AUGGCUCCUCCGUGGAGCCCGGGGCGCCUCGCCGCCAGCGGGUUGCUGAUGCUCACGCCGUGGAUGUCUACAGUUACUGCUGAGCCGACAGCGGCGGAUUAUUUUGUCCAUUCACUACCGGGAGCGCCGGAGCCGCUGGUCAAGAUGCAUGCUGGACACGUCGAAAUCACCCCGGAACACAACGGAAACCUCUUCUUCUGGCACUUCGAAAACCAGCACAUUGCCAACAAGCAACGGACUGUCAUUUGGCUCAAUGGCGGCCCUGGAUGUAGCUCCGAGGACGGUGUCAUGAUGGAGAUUGGCCCCUACCGAAUGAAGGACGCCGACACGCUCCAGUACAACAAUGGGUCUUGGAACGAAUAUGCCAACCUACUUUUCGUUGACAAUCCGGUCGGAACUGGGUACAGUUACGUCGAUACGAAUAGCUACAUCCACGAGCUUGAUGAGAUGGCCGACCAGUUCGUUCUUUUCCUGGAGAAGUGGUACACGCUUUUCCCUCAGUACGAGAACGAUGACAUUUACAUUGCUGGCGAGUCGUAUGCCGGACAGCACAUUCCCUACAUUGCCAAGGCCAUGCUCGCCCGCAACAAGAAACCUGGCACCAAGCACGUUUGGAACCUGAAGGGCGUCUUGAUUGGGAACGGAUGGAUCUCUCCAGUUGAACAAUACGAUUCCUACUUGGCUUUUGGUUACGAAAAAGGCAUCAUCAAAAAGGGGUCCGAUGUUUCCAAGCAGCUUGAAUCGCAGUACCGUACGUGCCAGAAGGAGAUGGCAUCGUUCGGGUCCAAAGAGGUCGACAACGCUGCAUGCGAAUCCGUGCUUCAGGAGAUGCUCCGGUUAACCCAAACCAUGGGUCCGGACGGAAAAAAACAGUGUAUCAACAUGUACGAUGUCCGGCUCACGGAUGAAUACCCGAGCUGUGGAAUGAAUUGGCCGCCAGAUUUGAAAUACGUCACGCCUUAUUUGCGGAAAGCCGAGGUGACCGAGGCCUUGCACAUCAGCUCCAACAAGAACACCGGCUGGACUGAAUGUAAUGGCGCAGUUGGUGCAGCAUUCCGAGCCUCGAACUCGGCCCCUUCCAUCGACUUUCUACCCGAUCUGCUGAGCGAGAUUGACGUUCUUCUCUUCUCUGGAGCCGAAGACCUCAUCUGUAACCAUCUCGGCACAGAAGCGCUCAUCAGCAACAUGAACUGGAAUGGCGGCAAGGGGUUUGAGGUUUCCCCUGGCAACUGGGCGCCUCGUCGCGACUGGACUUUCGAGGGAGAGGCAGCCGGUUUCUGGCAGGAGGCUCGCAACUUGACUUACGUCUUGUUCUACAAUUCGUCUCACAUGGUUCCUUUCGACUAUGCCCGCCGAACACGUGAUAUGCUGGACCGGUUCGUAAAGGUUGAUAUUAGUAGCAUCGGGGGUGUUGCCUCGGAGAGUAUGUUGGAUGGCGAGAAACUGCCAGAUACCACUGUCAGCGGGGCCACCAAUAACACUGCAACGGACCAGGCAGUCAAGGACAAGGAGCUCGAGGAAGCAAAGUGGUUUGCUUAUCGGAAAUCUGGUGAAAUGGUUCUGGCCAUUGUGAUUAUUGCGGCGGCCGUCUGGGGCUUCUUCGUCUGGAGAGGUCGCAGGCGCGUACAGGGAUACGAGGGCCUCGCCACUCUCGCCGAAAGGGCCCCUGGGCCGCAAGUGCGAAUGGGAAGGUUCCGCAACACGAGGUCCAACCGUGAUGUUGAGGCGGGCGAUUUCGAUGAAAGCGAGCGGGAGGAACUACACGUGACAACACCGACUGUGGACAACGAGAGAUACAGCGUUGGCGGUGACAGCGACGAUGAAGUCGUCACCGAGAAACCAAAAGCCGGACAGUCAAGCAGUAGUUAG